AUGGGUGUGAAACGUUUUUAAUUGUUUCUUCUGUCCUGAAUCGUCCUGAAGGUCAGAGACCUCAACAUAAAGAUUGUGGAUCUGAGGGGAAAGUUCAAGAGACCCCGUCUGAAGAAAGUGCGUAUGUCCGCAGACGCCAUGCUGAAGGCUCUGCUGGGUUCCAAGCACACGGUCAACAUGGACCUGAGAGCCAACCUGAAGCAGGUUAAGAAGGAGGUGAAAGAGGAGGACAAGCAGCUGCGCGAUGUGGGCGACUGGCGUAAGAACAUCGAAGACAAGUCUGAUAGGAAGAAGAUGUUCGAUGGUUAAAUGUGAUCUGUCGUCGAUCGUUUUCAGGACAGAAUUCAGGUUUAAUGUCUUUGUAACUGAAGAGUUUUAUUCCAAAAAUACUACAUAUCCACUGUAAAACCUACCUUAUUGAACAGAAGAGUUGGGAGGUUAUAUUGAUCAACAAGCGAGCGUUUUUAAGCUUUAUUGGUGGGGGUAAAGUAGGUGAUGAAUGGCCUUAAUCGUUUAAAAGUGAUGAUAGCUGAUUGCGUAGAAUUAUACUCGUACAUUAUCCUUCUGUGAUGUGUGGAAAAGGCGGAGUUCGGGUAGUUUUUGGAUAUAUUACAUUGGAAUAAAACUCUUCAGUUGAAUCUAAGCUGCCUUCUGCUUUCUGCCUGUAUUGACACUGUACUGUGAUGUAUUUGUACUGUACGUACUGAUGUCAGUUAGGGUUAGUAACUAAAAUACUGCCGUACCUGCAAUGUACCGUCAUAAAAACCUACACAGCUACAGCUGCACUUGUAUAAUCACCUUCAUUUACUCUGUGUGUUGCUUAUAUGAUACUAUUUUUAUUUAUUUAUUGCUUUUACUUCAAAAGAGAUAUGUCUUACAACAUAUCUCUUCUGCAAUAAAAAUAAUAAUAAAACUAGCAUCAUAUAUACUUACAGCUGAAGAAAUACACUUUUAUUUCAUUGUUUAACAUCUUUUGUAAUAUAAAAUGAGCGAAUAAUGCCUACUAGAGUUCUGUUAAUUAACUCAUCCACAUGCAGACAAAUCAUCGAGUCAUCGUUAGGCCAUUUUGUUCCAUAAAGCUUCGGGCUAGCGCAGAUUUAGUUCAUUUUCAAAUGUAAUUAAUGAAUUGUUAAUAAAUCUGUCUCAUUCUAACUCUAUGCUAAUUGUCUGCGUCCAUCCAUGCUUGUCACAUGUUCAAUGUCCGGUGGAAAGGCGGCAAGAAACGAGUUUAGCCAAUGCGUUAGCCUGGCAAGCUAACGGUUAGUAAAGCAAAUAAGCAACUGUCACAUUGCCAGCAAGAAACACUCCUCUGUUGCAGAAGUAUUUAGUUCAGCCGACUGUCUGUACUAAACAACAUCAUGUUAUCUUUUCUAAGCUGUUCAAACAGGAAUGUGAUGUAUUUUUCUCGUCUUGUUGCUGUCACAUUAAAUACAAAAAGCUUCACGUUUA